GCAGCGGCGCGCCGGGCGCUGCCGGCAGAGCCGCCGUGUGCGGGCGCGGCGCCGGAGGCAGCUCGGCCCCGGGGGGGCUGCGGCGAGGCAGGCGCGACCCCCGAGCCCGGCCGGCGCCGCUGGAUGCCCCCGCGGGCAGCAUGGCCCGCAGGCAGGCGCGGGCGGCGGGCGGCGGGCGCUGGCUGCCCUGGCUGGGGCUCGCCCUGCUGCCGCUGGCCGUGCCGCCCGCCGCCGCCCCCGCCGCCUGCCCCUCCGCCUGCUACUGCGUGGCCACCCCGGAGCUGGUGCAGUGCCGCUACGAGCGGCUGCGGGAGCCGCCGCGGGAGCUGCCGGCCGCCGCGCAGAACCUCAGCAUCGCCGGCAGCAACCUGAGCGUGCUGCCCCGCGCCGCCUUCGCCGCCCGCCCGCUGCGCGACCUCCGCCUGCUCCGCCUGCGCCACGACAACAUCCACACCGUCGAGGACAUGGCGCUGCAGGGCCUGCCCGCCCUGCGCACCCUCGACCUGAGCCACAACCCGCUGCUCUCGGUGGCCGCCGGCGCCUUCGCCGGGGCGCCGCUGCUGCGCACGCUGCAGCUGAACCAGGCGCUGCUGGCGGCCCCGCUCGAGGAGCAGCUCGCCCUGGCCCUGCGCAACCUCAGCCUGCGGCGCCUGGAGCUGGCGGGCAACGCGCUGCGGGCGCUGCCGGCCGCGCUGCUGCCGCCCGGCCUGGAGGAGCUGGACCUGCGCAACAACUCGCUGCAGCGGCUGGCGGCCGCCGAGCUGCGCAGCCUGGACGCGCCCGAGCUGCGCGGGCUGCGCCUCAGCCUGGGCUCCAACCCGCUGAGCUGCGACUGCGGCCUGCGGCCCUUCCUGGCCUGGCUGCGCGCCGCCGCCAACCGCGUGCUCGACGCGCGGAGCCUGCGCUGCGCGGGGCCGCCGGCGCUGCGCGGCACGGCGCUGCUCCGCCUGCGGCCCGAGGCGCUGGCCUGCGGCGGCGGCGAGCCCGGCGAGCUGGAGACCGCCUCCUACGUCUUCUUCGGCAUCGUGCUGGCCCUCAUCGGCGUCGUCUUCCUCAUGGUGCUCUACCUGAACCGGCGCGGCAUCAAGCGCUGGCUGCACAACCUGCGCGAGGCCUGCCGCGACCAGAUGGAGGGCUACCACUACCGCUACGAGCAGGACGCCGAGCCGCGCUGCGCCGGCACGCCCGGCCUCUGACCGCGCACCCGCGCCCGGCCCGGCCUCAGAUCCGUGAGGAGCGGGGCGAGCCUCCCGGGAGCGCUGCGGAGCGGCUCCCCGGCCGCGCCCGCUGCCGCCCGCCGCGUUCCCAUCGCCGUGUGCUGCGGCGGGGAGC